CCACAUGAAAUGAAUGUUCACCACAACUGCUUUGCUUAACUGCCUUUUGUUGUUUAUUGUUGUUCUUUAAGACUUCUAAAUUCUUGUUGAAUCUCCUAAACUCCUUCAACUUACCAAACCCCCACAAGAGUACCAACAUGGAGCUCCGGUCAAAGCGAAAGAGCUCGGCGAUCUCGCCCCUCAAGCCAGCACAAGAGCCUACCCAUAUUCAGUCAGCAACGCCUGCUACUAAGCGACCGAACAAGAAACUGCGGUUCUCCGAUACUGCUUUGCUAAGUGACAGUACUGGCCUUACUCCUUUUGUUGGAAAAGCCUCUUUGAAAACUCCCAAGCACCGUCGAGCGUCAACACCGGCAAUAAUAAGACACGAAGACCACGAUGAGGUGCAAUUUACUCCCUUUCGAGAGUGCCUCACGCCGCGCACAGUUCGACAAAUUAAGCGCCAUGGCUUGAGUGAGGAAAUGAAUCAGUAUUAUGCCGACCAGAAGACCAACGCGGUACUACGGAAGGAGCUUGAAGUCAAGAACCAAGAACUUCAACACCUGCAGGAGAACUUGGCACAAGCUUUGGCUCGGAAUGAUCCACUCCACGAUGUUUCCUCAAGUCAAGGGCGAGUCGAUGAGGUACAGGCCGAAAUUGAACAGCUACAGCAGAGUUUCAGCUCGAACGAUGGCGCCUUCGAGGAUAUUGGAGUGGAUGGUGAUAGCUCAUUGGGGAAUUUCAACGACGAUUGUGGUUUUCUCAUUUAUGAGGAUGAAAAUGCCGGAAACGAGGAUCAAUCGACUGAGGAUGAUGUUCAUGCUGUGGAUUUGCAACUCGAAUCCGCACGUCAAGCCAAGCAAGCCUUGUUCCGCUCCAGUCAAGGCUCAUCAAAUGCUGUUGUCCAUUUCGAAGAUUCUCCAGCCCGUCCAAGCGCCACACACAAGGACAUCCCAUCACAGCCUCAACACUCGCACCGGAAUGUUUCGAAGCACUUGAAUGAUGCUACCAACCGUGCUGAAGAAGCUGAAGUUGCGCUCAAAGCACUGGACCUCGAAAUACAGAGCUUGGGGUUUCCUAGCAACAGUAACAAUGCUCAAGAAUCUGUUGCAGCCAUCAAGAACCACUUCCGAGAGAUGCGCAUUGAACUUGAGAGACUUGUUCCGGGGGAGACAGUGACUUCGUUCGACAAUGCCAAGCUCAUGCCAGAAAUGCUGGCGAAGAUCAAAUUGAUUGGCCAGUCAGUUCGUGAUCGCGAAGGUGAACUGAAAUCAAUGAGAGACCAACAGCGAUGUCUCAAGGGCAACUUCGACCAUGCAAUCGUCGCAGCCGAGAAGGCAAACAACCGCGUGAAGGAGCUUGAAGAGACCAUCGAUAAAAAUGCUGAAGAUAUGCUUGAAAUUCGGAUGCGAGCGCAAGCUUGGGAACGGGAAGCCAAGGAGAAUGAGUCAAACAAUCGAAUCUUGAUCACAGCCAUCGAGAAAUACCGUGAGGAGGUCAAGCGUCUUGAACAAUUAGUGGGCUUGAUCGAAGCAGAACAAGCAUCCAGACUUCAAGAUGUGCGAACUGCCACAGAAGCCGAAUUUACCCAACAGAUCUUUGAUAUGGACGCAAAGGUCGCCGCUGAGACGCAUGGUCGACGAGCAGCUGAAGACUCUGCCGUUGACCGACUGAGAAAGAUCAAUGAACUCGAGUCCGCACUAUCGACAGUACGACAACAGGCAGAAGAUGUCAAGGGCCAAUUGGCCAGGUUGGAGCAGCAACUUAGCCACUCGACUCACGGACACCACGAACAACUUGCGUCAACAGAGCGUGCUCACGAAGAAGAAGUCGGUGGGCUCAACUCGAGAAUAGCCAAUCUCUCAAGCGCAUUGACCUCUGCAAAUGCCGAAGUCGAGAAGCUCAAAACUCUCAAUGCCAAAUUGGAAGAACGCUACCGUGCUGAAGUCGAGUACGGUACACGCUCUGUGGACCGAAUGUACAACGAACUCAUUCGCAGCGCGACCAAGGCCGGCGAGGAGCGAAAGAGUUACAUCCGUGGUGCGAAAGUGCGACACGCCAACUGGGAGCUGGAAAGUGACGACCUCGUCUCUGAUCCUAUCGUGCCCAUGACGCCUUCGAGUAUCGUGCGCUUCUCCGACAUCGAUUAUCCUGAUGACCAUGUCCAGGGCAGUGUCGAGCUGUCGAGAGGCAGGAAGAAACACAGUCGGGCUUCUGGUCAGGGCCUUGGGAUCAUGAAGCGUGAUCGGCGAUCGUACGACAGUGGUAUCGGUAUGGGUUCGCUAAGUGAAGCUGAUGAAGAGGAUAUGUCGAACGAUAUCAUGACACCCGAUUUGAGUUCUGAAGCGGAUAUUGAGUAUGAGGCUGAUGUGAUGGUCUGAAUUUGUGAAGUGGGUACCGUGUACAGCCCGGACGGGUCAUCUUUUCUCUUGUCUGCAUUGGCAUUCGCAUAGCAAUGCAUAGCACGGCGUUGGCAUACACUUGUUUCAUUUGUGAGCGGCACUGGACACGGACUGGCAUGGGAAUGGCGUUUGGAUGCUUUAGCCUCAUCUACAGUAUGGUAUGGGCUGGACAAUAUUGUAGGUGUCAAAAAGACCAAAAUUGCAUUGGAACAGAAUAGCUAGCAAAAUGAUCUCUAGCAAAAUGAUCUCUAGCAAACAACCACAUCAUAGGUACACAUGACUUUUGAAUAGAUACUCCUUUGCAGGGUAUCUCGAGAAAAUGCUGACUCCUC